AUGUGUUUGGUUAAGAUCAAUGACACAACAUAUUCGAGAACAUGUGGAUUAACAUCUAAUAAAGAAGUACCAACAAUUCUCUAUGAAGAUAAUGCUGCUUGCAUCUCUCAACUUAAAGGAGGGUACAUUAAAGGAGACAAAACUAAACAUAUUUCACCAAAAUUCUUCUUUACACACAAUCUUCAAGAAAAUGGUGAUAUCGAUGUUCAACAAAUUCGAUCAAGUGAUAAUCUUGCAGACUUAUUCACGAAGUCAUUACCAACAUCAACUUUUGAGAAGAUGGUUCACAAGAUUAGAAUGCUUCGAUUAAAGGAUCUCCAUGAAUGCCAAAAUGAGAGGGAGUAA